UCCUGCAGGGAGUCCUCUAGGCACCACAAUUCCUGAGUACUGGAAGAUCUUUGAAUCAGAAUCACCCUAUAUCAUACCUGUUCCCCACUGCAAUUUACUUCCUGCAUUGGCCAUGACUGGGUGGAGCUGCUUGGUGACAGGAGCAGGAGGGUUCCUGGGACAGAGGAUCGUGCACUUGUUGGUACAGGAAAAGGAGCUACAGGAGGUCAGAGCCCUGGACAAGGUCUUCAGGCCAGAAACUACAGAGAAGUUCUCUAAGCUACAGACAAAGAGCAAGGUGACGGUGCUGGAAGGGGACAUCCUGGAUGCUCAGUGCCUGAAGAGAGCCUGCCAGGGCAUCUCUGUUGUCAUCCAUACUGCUGCUGUAAUUGAUGUCUCAGGUGUCACUCCCAGUCAGACCAUCCUAGAUGUCAAUCUGAAAGGUACACAGCUCUUGUUGAAGACCUGUGUCCAAGCUAGUGUGCCAACUUUCAUCUACACCAGCUCAGUUGAUGUGGCUGGCCCCAAUUCCUACAAGGAGAUUGUCAAAAAUGGCCACGAGGAAGAACAUCAUGAGAGUGUGUGGUCGGACCCAUACCCAUACAGCAAAAGGCUAGCCGAGAAGGCAGUCCUGGCAGCCAGUGGGAGCACUCUGAAAAAUGGUGGCACAUUGUACACUUGUUCUUUAAGGCCAAUGUACAUCUAUGGGGAAGGAAGCUCAUUCAUUUCUGCUUUAGUAACUAGGGCCCUCAAGAAUGAGGGCAUCCUGGAAGUUACUGGCAAAUUCUCCAUAGCCAACCCUGUGUAUGUGGGUAACGUGGCCUGGGCCCACAUUCUGGCCUCCAGGGCCCUGCAAGAUCCUAAGAGGGCACCAAAAGUACAAGGACAGUUCUAUUAUAUCUCAGAUGAAACCCCUCACCAAAGCUAUGAUGACUUAAAUUACACCCUGAGUAAAGAAUGGGGUUUCUGCCGUGAUUCCAGCUGGAGUCUUCCCCUGUCCCUGCUCUACUGGCUAGCUUUCUUGUUUGAAGCAGUGAGCUUCCUGCUGCGUCCAAUUUUCAAAUAUCAACCCCCAAUCAACCGUCACUUAGUCACAUUGACAAAUAGUGUGUUCACCUUCUCCUAUGAGAAAGCUCAGCGAGAUCUGGACUAUGUGCCCCUCUUCAGCUGGGAGGAAGCCAAGCAGAAAACAGGAGAGUGGAUUGGAUCCCUAGUGGAGCUGCACAAGGAGGCACUGAAGAGAAAGACUCCCUGAUGUGAAGAUGACAGGGAGGUGGACCUGGUGUUGUCAGGAGAUAGCUAUCCAUGUCCUCCAGAAGAACACAGAAGCACAACCCAGGACCAACUGCCUCCCUUAGACACAGUGGCCAAGUUAGUAUCUUCCUCAGGCCAGCAGGAGCCUCCCAAUCACCGUCCAACCACAGCAUGCUGUCCU